AUGGAAUUAUUUGGACCACGCGUGGUAGAAGAUGCGCUUCGCUCAUUCCAGUUCGCAAGACCAGGCUACGACGGCGACGCGGGGCAAGGUUUUUUUCCGGCGGCUCAAGUUCUAGCCUGGGCGUCUGAUAAAGACAGGGUGCAAAAACCCUUGGAUGUAGUGGGAGAACAUAGGCGUGGAUGUCUUUAUCGCCCGCUUAUAGAUCCGUAUGAAAUAAGAGUCUUGGAACUGAAGCCGGGGAUUGGUAACGAUAGACUCUAUGGUACUCUACAUCACUGCUCCAUUGAGUAUGGUUUAGAUAUUCCCGAUACUCCUACUAAACUUCUACGGGGAGGGUAUACGGAGUGGACCAGAACGAAGUUUGCCUUGACCAUGAACCUACGAGAACCCGUAUGGUACACGGCUUUAAGCUACACUUGGGGCAAUGGCGUAUUUGAUCGGGUUAUUGAAUGUGAUAGCUUCAGUAAAGCUAUCACCGAAUCACUCCAUGCUGCACUUUGCCAGUUUCGAAGACCCGAUCAAUCAGUUAUGCUGUGGGUUGACCAGAUAUGCAUCAACCAAGACGAUCCAGAAGAAAAGAGUGGGCAAAUUCCGCUUAUGUCGAGGAUAUAUACGCAUGCGUUGAACACGAUCGGUUGGUUAGGGAUGCCGACUCCUGAAACGGACAAUGUUAUACAACUUCUAGAGGAGAUAAUUUCGACAUUACGAUUUAUUCAAUCUGUCACAUGUCCGGACGACUUUGAGGGACUCGAUCUUCCCACUGCUGACUCUAUCCUCUGGAAGGAGUUAUGGGACUUUCUUUCCCGUCCGUGGUAUAAGAGGCUCUGGGUUAUUCAAGAGAUGACACUUUCAUCAGACUUGUGGCUUAUGUGUGGUAGCCAUAUCACAACGUUCAAUAUUGUCUCACACGCAUGCGUAAAUCUCUUUAGCUGUGGCGUAUCUCGCUGGCUGGAUCAAACAUACACAGCAAACGGGACCGACGACCAUUGUAAGUGGAUACAUAAUAUCAGCAUUGAAAAAGAUGAUAUCGUACACGGCCAGAGGGGCCCCUUAUUCAUCCUUCUACGUCAUACGCGAGAUGCUCUCUGUCGGGAUCCUAAAGAUAAAGUGUACGGCAUUCUUGGUAUUUCCGACUCGUCCGACUUGGAGCCGGUGAAGAUCGACUAUAGCGAUAACUAUUCUGUAGCUAGGCUGUACCAUGAUGUGGCCUUACGAAAGCUGAAUCAAGACUCCUAUCAUGAGACCAUAAAUGAGCUACUACCCGUCGUCGAUCAUAGCAACCCACAAUCCGCUCUUCCAUCUUGGGCACCUGACUGGAGCCAGCCGCGACAGACGGUUACAAUAGGGGGUAAUAAAUCAAGCUACGCGAUAUAUAGCGCGGCGGGAGAUAACAAGGCCACCUUCUCAAUCAAUGACAAUAAAGAUACCGAGCUAAACAUACUAGGGACCUUCUUCGACACUAUAUGCCAUCGCAGUCGCGUUUUUACCAGCCCGGAUAUCACAAACCGAAAUCCGCUCACAGAAAACAAGGACUUGCUCACGUGUAUCGGAUUAUGCGAAGACCUGAAUGAGUAUCCAGGCAGCAGCACAGUCUUCGACGCUUUCUGGCACACUUUGGUUGCCGAUAAGGACGAUGCUGGUCUGAGGCGAAGUCCGGAUUCAUUUGCUGAGAUAUUCAGUCUUCUCUUGGACGAGUCGUCUGGUAAAUCGCCAACUCUGUCCGGGCAGACGUACACGGCUCGCCAGAAGCAGCCUGAAGGAAAGGGCAAAUUGACGCUGGCUCACUUAGGUACCAGAACUCCAGGACGGACGUUUCAGGAGGUGCGCACUGCUCUAUAUAAUGCAAUGCGUAGUCGGCGACUAGGAAUCACCCGUCGAGGUUAUCUAGGACUGUUCCCUAGAGAGACGCAGGACGGCGAUACUGUCUGUAUCCUGAAAGGCUGUCACGUACCGUUUAUUGUACGAGUUUCUAACGCCGCAACUGUUCGUUUGGUUGGUGAAUGCUACGUUCAUGGAAUUAUGCGGGGUGAAGCUAUGCAUACGGAAGGCUUUAGGUGGGAAACUAUUACAAUCAUUUGAUAAGGUGCUGCUACUUUACGUCGACGUGGUUAAGGAUAUGAAUAGUGAGUAGG